UAUGGUUAAUUUUUUGUUUGUUUAAGGUUUUGGACAAGUUGAUUCAGGGAAGGAAGUGGCACUGGAGACUGAGGUGGUCGUGGAGGAAGUUGUAAAGGAAGAGGAAGUUGGACAAGUCGAUUCGGGGAAGGAAGUGGCACUGGAGACUGAGGUGGUCGUGGAGGAAGUUGUAAAGGAAGAGGAAGUUGGACAAGUCGAUUCGGGGAAGGAAGUGGCACGGGAGACUGAGGUGGUCGUGGAUGAGGUUGUAAAGGAAGAGGCGACUGUGUCGAUAAGUGACAGUAAAGGGGUUAAACAGUUGCUGAGUUGUUCUGAGCCCAGCUCUUCGGCUCUCCUGGUAGCACUGUCACCGGUCUUUGAUUUACAGCCCAUACGACCCGUCAACGACAUGGUUAAUUUCACAGAGGUCUUGGUAUCUUUUACCCUGUAUGGAAUUCUCGGAGUGGAUGAAAAAGCUCAACUCUUGAACACUUAUAUUUGGCUUGACAUUGGAUGGAAGAAUGAGUUCAUCAGCUGGGAUCCAGAACAGUGCGGCACCGACCAGAUUUCACUACCUAGAAGCAAAUUCUGGAUACCAGAUAUUGUCAUCAAUGAAUUUAUGGCUAAGAACACAGCCCCAGCUGUGCCUUUUUUACAUGUCCAUUCUGAUGGUUGGAUCUACGACUUCAGCCCAGUCAGAGUGGUUAGCUCCUGCAACCUGAACAUCUACGCCUUCCCCUUCGACGUCCAGAACUGCACUUUCACCUUCGGUUCCUACAUGCACACAUCCAAGGACAUCAGGGUUGAACUGAACAUUCCCAUAAAGGAGAUUCUGAAGAACUCAAUGGAAGUGAUGACUACUGUAGGAGAGUGGCAGCUCAUCGAUAUCAUUGCUUAUAAAGAGUCACACAAUGCAGAACCACCGUACGGAAGUGAUGAGCUUGUGUUUCACAUUGGUCUGAGGCGUAGGUCCACUCUCUAUGUGGUCAACCUGAUCAUCCCCAGCUGCUUCCUGAUCACAGUGGACCUCUUCAGCUUCCUGCUACCCCCACAGAGUGUGGACCGCUCGGCCUUUAAGAUGACCCUCAUCUUAGGCUACACCGUCUUCCUGUUGCUUAUGAAUGACUUGCUGCCGGUCACUGGCAACACCAUACCACUCAUAAAUGUUUUCUUCUCUCUUUGCCUGGCUCUGAUGGUGGCCAGCCUGUUGGAGACAAUCCUCAUCACCAACCUCCACUCAAGCUCCAGUCGCCUUGCUCCUGUCCCCCGCUGGGUGAGAGUCGUUUUCCUUCAGACCCUGGGGUGUUGUGUUGGUCUGCCUUCAAAGCCACCAAAAGAACAUUCAACAGAUCCCAAUGAUGCAGUGGAGGAGGGCGGCGUUUACAUGAAUCCUCCAGGGGCCAAACAUCUAGUAGACACAACCCUGGACGCACUGAGGAAGUUGGGCAGAGACCUCCAGGCCAUCCGGCGGCAGGUGGACCGGCAGCAGAGAGGGAACCACAACUCUGAGGAGUGGACCCAGGUGGCAGGCGUCAUCGAUCGCUUUCUGUUUUGGCUCUAUGCCGUCUUCAUAAUAGUCAGCUUUGUAGUCAUGAUUUGUAUCUGGGCCUCUUCAUACAGCAAAUAAAAUAAUGUGUUUAGACAAGGGUUCCAUAAAUGUUAUAUAGCGGCCAAGAUUUGUGUUGCCUUUUGUAGUCUUCUAGGUAUUCUUUCCUUAUAUUCGAAAUACAUUUGAGUAAGUUUAGUCAGUAUGAUUGUUACUUAGGAGAGGUUCAAUACACCAUUCCAGGCAUCACUUUUUGUUUAAUUAAUGCUAUGCUUUAAAAUCUGCCAUCGUCCAAUUUGAUUGAAUCAAAAUAAAACAUUUUGAUAAUUUUGUUUUAUUUUACAAAAAUGACUUGCAUAUAUGUUGUUGGUGAUGUUAUUGUUAUGAAUUAUUUUAAUAUGAACAAGGGAGAGUAAUAGGGAAGGGUCUGAGUUUAUUUGUAACCCGUAAAGAUAUUUAAUCGCCAUGCAUUUGAUAACCUUGAUUUAAUUGAACGGAAAAUGUUGUAUAGCUUGCUAGACUGGCUUUAAUGUAACCUUUCAACAGAACACCACUUCUGGAAAUUUGACUUUCAUACAUAACGGUGUAUAUUUUCGAAGUUUUGCAAACAACAUGUGAACAUUGUGGGUUAGUGUUGUGUUUUUAAGUUGAAAAGCAUGCAUUUGACGCUGAUUGCAGGAUUGGUGCCUGAUUCUGCGUCAAGUGCUCUGUUGGUUUGUCUAGGCUCUGUGAAGCCUGGUCUACUAUGCUGUAGACACUGUCAGUUAACUUCCAUAUCUAUCAAUUGCCGUUUGCUGCUUUUAAAUAAACAGAGCCGUUUAUAAUAGGCACAUAAUG